AGGAGGUUUCCAUGGUGACGGCAAACAAGGCGCACACUCGAGGGGCCACGGCCGGGCUGCUACCACCGUGGCCGCCAUGAUCCCCCCUGCGGACUCUCUGCUCAAGUAUGACACCCCGGUGUUGGUGAGCCGGAAUACGGAGAAGCGGAGCCCCAAAGCACGGCCACUGAAAGUCAGCCCCCAGCAGCCUGGACCCUCUGGUCCAGUUCCACAGCCACCAAAGACCAAGCUCCCCUCAACUUCUUGUGUCCCAGAUCCUACAAAGCAGGCAGAAGAAAUCUUGAAUGCCAUCCUACCCCCAAGGGAAUGGGUGGAGGACACGCAGCUAUGGAUCCAGCAGGUGUCCAGCACCCCCAGCACCAGGAUGGAUGUGGUGCAUCUCCAGGAGCAGCUGGACCUGAAGCUGCAGCAGCGGCAGGCCAGAGAGACCGGCAUCUGCCCCGUGCGCAGGGAGCUCUACUCGCAGUGUUUUGUAGGAAGGGCGGUGAGCCCCAGACAUGGUGCAGUCUCCCUCCCGCCUGCCCUCCUGAACUCCUUGUUAUGCGCUUUGGAAGACGAGCUGAUACGAGAGGUCACCAUCAACUGUGCGGAGAGGGGGUUGCUGUUGCUGCGAGUCCGGGAUGAGAUCCGCAUGACUGUCGCCGCCUACCAGACCUUAUACGAGAGCAGCGUGGCCUUCGGCAUGAGGAAGGCGCUGCAGGCCGAGCAGGGGAAGUCCGACAUGGAGAGGAAAAUUGCAGAAUUGGAAACAGAAAAGAGAGAUUUGGAGAGGCAAGUGAACGAGCAGAAGGCCAAGUGUGAGGCCACCGAGAAGCGGGAGAUCGAGAGGAGACUGGUGGAGGAGAAGAAGCACAACGAGGAGAUUCAGUUCCUCAAGCGCACGAAUCAGCAGCUGAAGGCCCAACUGGAAGGUAUUAUUGCACCAAAGAAGUGAUCAUUUCCACAUGGGUCUCAGCAAGCACUGCUACCCCAUCCUAAGCCUGUUGUAAUAAAAAAAAAAGCUAGUUUCCUGAGUGAACAGGCCAUAUCCUCCCCCUGGUCCCCACCUACAUGUCUGUCAGAAGUCACACGUGGCCCCAGUGGCAUGGAACACUUAGGUCUGGCAGCCAGGCUCCUGGCUGGGCAGUGGAAGGUGGUGCAGCCGACAGUCUCUGUAUGUGGCCAACCUCGGGAUUUGCCAACUCAGAAAGUAAGGCUUUCGGCCAUAUCCCUCGCAGGUGAAACUGCCUUCCCACCACUGCUCCAUACUAUCAAUUAUUUCUAGCUGAAUGAGCCGCCUGCCUGUCCCAUUUCUGGUCCAUGAUGCAUCUUGUAUCUGACCUUGGGCUGCUGAGGCCUCAGUCUUUCCCCUGAGGUCUUUCACCAUCCCUACCCCAGUGCGGGUCUAGUGACUCAUGCUGGAGUUCUGCGUUUAUACUAGGUCAUUUUACCCCUGCCCGCCAAGCCCACCCCAGCCUCUUCCCUAGUCUCAGACUGCCCAGGUGAGGCAGCAAUGGCAGCCAAAGCCAGGGCUUCUGAGAAAGUAAAUGUUUGCUGGGAAGAAACAAGUCACGAGGUCCACUGUGAGCUGCCUGCACCUCAGGAGCCCUGAUUUGGUUUGUUCAUCUUAUUCUGCAGAAAAUCACACCCUGACCCUAAUACCCCUCUAACUAGCUAUGUUUGAUGAACAACUGGAGAGGUACCCAAACCUCACGUGCUGCUCUAAUUAUUAAUGAGGAGGCUAUGGCCUGUAGGCUGCAUUUUACUAUUCCUCCCAGGUUAAACUCAAAGUUCAGAGGCCCAGGGCUGCUCCUGGUUUCGUAGACCCAGAAGGGUAAGUGAGCAACACAGAUCUUCCAUUUAGGGCAGUCCAGGGUAGGCUAGCGCAGCAAGAUGAGGGACUUCCACCCUUCAUGCACGCUGCACAACCAACACCUAGGAAGGCACGAACGUGUCCGCCCGGCUGGAGCGCCUCAAGUUGCGCAGUAUUCCCCAGGAGGUGCCAAGAAGGACCCUCCUUAGUGGAGCUCUGACCCGACAUCGUCCCUGUUAAGGUUCCAAGACUCCCUGAAAGAAGGGCAGGCCAACAAGAAGAGCUGGAUUCCGGGUCAAACAUGCCCUGUCCCUCUCAUCUCAGACUGGAAGCCAGCUUUUACCCCAACCUGGUGUCCUGAGGCAUUCUAAGGCUCCACUGAAAUCACCUGUCUGGGCCGCCGUUCUCAUGGGAAAGAACUCUGUUCGUUGAGAUGCGCCAGUCCCGGGACUCCCUGACAGUAAAGUACCUGUGUCCUCACUGCGUCCAUCUAACGGACUCGGAGGGAGAGCUGAAGCGGCAUUUUUCCCUCCUAUUUUAAAGCGUAGGCCACAUACCCUACAUCUUCGAGAUUUUCUUUUCACACCUCUGUUCCAAACUAACUGCCAGUAUAAAAGGUAUUCCACCCUUUCCAUUCUGUAGACCUCAUCUGUUUCUGUCAGAGGUCUGCAUGCCAUGGGUACGCUCUGGAGGAACGAAGAGGGCUCAUUUAAGUGUCAGAAGUGCCACUGGACCCCAUCACCUAAAGCCUUAGAGGUGUAGGGACUUUAUUUUCACCAGCACCGGUGAAGGGUUUCAACUGUCGAACCUCAGAACAAAUGCAUCAUGGCCUUAGAAAUGCCGACUGGGCAUGAAGAGAAGGAACACAGUUUCUAAUUGCAUAUUUUUGUAUAAUUUAAUAAACUUUUAAAACAUUA